ACAUUUUUAAUAUACAAAAGUAAAAUAUUAUUUUCUCGUCUUAAUUUUUACAAAAAUUUUAUUCUAAUAAAAACUAUAUUUUAAUUAAAAUAUAAAUAUCAUACAAAUGAUGACUUACGCGUUCACUUUGAUGAGUUUUAUCUUAGCUUUCUUAUUCCUUGACCAUCGUUCUUAUGGAUUUGAAUGCCAAUUUCCAGGAGAAAAUGUUUGCCUGACUCAGAUCACAUCAGAACCGAUUCAAUUAGAUACGGAAAACAAACCAGAUAUCUUCAAACCUUCUAUCGAAACGAAUGAUAUAGACGGUAGUAGAACAAAACCCAGAGGUGACUUGCAAGGCUUAACUAAAAAAAUUAAAAAUCGAAAGAGGAAAAGGGAUUCACAGAUAAGAAUGAUGGCAAUAGCCAAUAAUUCUAUCGUGGGCAUGUCUGAAAAAACAUUUGGUGGUGUUUCAAUAUGCGAAUAUAGCAAUUCAACCGGUGAUAACCAAUUGAUCUACAAAACCACAACGAUUAAACAAUGCUGUAUAGGUUUUAAAAGGAUAAAUGGGAAAUGCCUAGCCCAAGAUUUUAAAUCGACUGAAGAAGUUUUUGAUGAAUUAGGAGAAGGUGUCCAUCAAAUGAGGGACUUGCCAGAAAGCCUGCAUAAUUUCACCCUUUUUGUUCCAUUGGACACUAAUGGCGAUGGUAAAGAGACUCCAGAUAUUUCAUCUCAUUUAAUACCAAAUCAGGUAUUCAGGAAGGAAGUGUUUGGCGACCUGGUUUACAAAACACCCGACAACGUAUUUUAUUUAACCAAAGAUCGCGUGAAUUGUGUUAAAUUGAAUGAUGCUAACAUCUUCUCUGCUAACGGAGUUAUCCACACUGUAAAUUCAAUUGUUCCGACAGUCCAAAAAACAAUUAUCGAGUUAUUGUCAGAUAAUAAGGAGUUAUCAGAAUCGUUGAAAUAUUUUAUAUCCGCAAAUCUUAUUGGCUCCUUGAAAGGAAAUUCGCAUACUGUUACCGCGCUAACUAAUGAAGCAAUAUCGAAUUUGGAUAAAGACCUUUUGGAUAUAUUGGAUCAAAACGAUAAACAGGCAACUGAUUUCCUCAAGAAAUUAGUAGCAAAUAGUCUUUCUUGUGAAUGCAACGUUUAUGGAUUUAAUGUUUCCAAAACCAUUAUAGCUACCGAUGGAAUAAUUCAAAUCGUAAACGAUAAAAAUAUUCAAACUCCGUCAGAAUAUUUAUCACUCGAUAAAAUCUUGGACCAAAGAGAUAUUCCUGAUAUAGAAACUUUUAAACGCAUUUUAUUGAAUACCGAUUAUCUCUCUAAAGUCAACCAUAGCCGAUUGUUAGUUCUAAUACCUCAGGAUUCUGUUUUUGAAGAAUACAAGAAAUUAGGCCAUGAUUAUGAAAAUCCAGAAAAUGCGAUCAAAUUUUUAAAGGAUCAUACCAUAGAUUUAACGUCACUUUUAUCGUUGUCAGGUCUGGAAUAUCACAUGGAAGCUACACUUUUUCAAUCUUUGAAAUCUGUUCAAUGCGCAAACCUUCCUGGUCUUUAUCAAUUUAGCCGCGGGAUAUAUUCCAUAAUAGACAAGCCCUUAAUCGGAAAAUCUUUUUCUGAUUUGGAUAGCGCUUUGGAUUACAUCAAUACCGAAUUUCCUAAGAUAGAUCGGUUUAUAGAGCUGUUAAAACAAUCUAAACCUGAAUUAUUGACGCAAGCCCUGACAAAUCAUUCGAUACAGUUGACUGUAACUGCGCCCAGAAAUGAUAUGCUUAAUAUUAGACUUAAAAAAAAAGCCGAAAUAAUAAAGGAAUCUAUUAAAUCAGGAUUCCAAUGUUCUGUCCAUAGAUCGUUUCCCUUCGAUGCUCAAAAUUCGGAAAAGUACUUGUUGAUAGGUCCAAAUAUAAUCUUUCAAUUAAGAAAACAAGAUAUGUUUCAUAGAUUUUUACCUAAUUUUUUUUUAGAUUUAUUUUAUUAAUAAUAUAAAUCGCUUGAUUUUUAAAGGAAUUUAUUAAAAAAUUUAUUUAUUUUUAUCUUUAUAUAUCAAUAAUCAUUAAUCAAACAUAUUUAUGUAAUUUGAAUUUAAUUUAAUAAAGAUUUAAAAAUAUUUUAUUUAUUUUAAUAGUAAAAUUAUAAUCAAUUGAUUGUUAAUUAAAGGGUUUUAUUAUAAUAAAUUUAUUCUAUUU